CUUUCCUUAUAUGAAAAAUUAUGAUAAACGUUGAAUGUUUUAGAGCUUUACGCCAUUUUUCUAAAUAAAUGAACGGUUUCACAUAUAAAGCUAGCGUAAACUCGAAAGACACGUUAUGGUCCCCAAGUAGCACUAUGACUCAGCUCGGUUUAAACAAACUACUACCGAAACAAUAUAUUCUUAUUUAGCACUCUUAAUAAUGAUAUGAAAAAAAAACAAUAUUACGGUCAUCUAAGGUUUUUGGGGCAAAAUAGUAAUGGAUAGAGAAGGAACUAGUUUUACAGGGGCAAAUUCCGAUUGGGAAAUUAUGUUCAAUAUGACAGGAAUACAGGAAAAUGGAUUUUAUUAUGAUACCAUACAAGAGCUAACCCAAACAGACAUCGAAAACAUAAUACUUGAGAAACAUUUUUCAGUAAACGCGCUUCUGUGGCCAACUUUAAAUUUUUCAUACCAAGGAAACAGCACUGAGGUUUUUCGAAACUGUUUAUCAUCAAUCAGCAGCAAUAACACAGAAUGCUGGAAGUUAAGCACAAAGAAUAACAAUACAUUAGAGCUUAUGGAGAGUUCGGAAAGGGGAUAUUGGGCGCUUGUGCUAGUCUUACUUCCCUUUCUGGCAGUGGUCGGAAACAUCCUUGUAAUACUAAGUGUCUACAAAGAGAGAACACUUCGAACUGCAACCAACUAUUUCAUUGUGAGUUUGGCCUUCGCUGACCUCUUAGUUUCAGCAGUAGUAAUGCCAUUCGCCGUAUAUGUGCUGGUGAACGUGGAUUGGGAGCUUAGUGAAACCCUCUGUGACUUUUAUAUCGCAGUUGAUGUGACGUGCAGCACUGCCUCUAUCUUUAAUUUGGUAGCUAUCAGUAUAGACAGGUUUAUCGCCGUUACACAGCCCAUUAAGUACUCCAAGCAUAAAAACAGCAAACGAGUUGCUCUUACUAUUGCUAUCGUGUGGAUUGUAUCAGCAGCUAUUGGCUCGCCAAUUGUAUUAGGCCUAAACACUACGGCUGACCGCAAACCACAACUGUGUAUCUUCUAUAAUUCUGACUUCAUCAUCUAUUCCUCGCUAAGUUCUUUUUAUAUUCCAUGCUUGGUUAUGAUUUUUCUCUAUUACAAAAUAUUUAAAGCAAUACACGACAGAGCUAAGAAGGGUGUGGGAAAAAGGGCGCCAGUUUCUUCUUUUACACAAUCUGCUCUUGCAGUGAAAAACAUAGCUCCGGUCAGGCAGCUUCAAGAAACCUCCUUGAACACUAAUCCUGCUACAAGCGUUGAAAAACAAGUCGGUAAAACCGAAAUCGAAAUUGUUACUGAAGCAGAACCCCCGACAUGCACAGGAAACGGAAGCCACUUUAACAUGUUUAAUCAAUCGAAAGAUCGACAAGCGACCUCAAGUGUGAAAACAAAUACAGCGUACCAGGCAAAGUUAAUUGAGAAGAAAACAACAGAACGUGAUUUAUCAUUGGUACAGGAAGAGCCUGAACUCUGUAUUGCUACACUGCUAAAGGAUUCGUCAAGGUGUUCGACGACUAGCCUUAACAAGCUAGGAAUAGAUAAAACACCAACAAACUAUGGAUCCCCUAUUUCACCUAGUGGGCGAGGCGAAUCACUUACAACCGAAUCAGACUUGUACGAAAAAAAAUCAAGAUUUAACCUUGGCAGAAAACACAAAAGUAGUCGAAAAAAAAGGGAAAAGGUUUCGGCAAAACGAGAAAGGAAAGCAACCAAAACCCUUGCUAUAGUUUUAGGUGUCUUCCUGAUCUGUUGGGUUCCAUUUUUCACGUGCAACAUCAUUGAUGCUAUUUGCAUAAAGCUGACCAGUGUCGACUGCAGACCCGGAGUGACAGUGUUUCUUUUAACUACAUGGCUUGGCUACUUAAACAGCUGUGUGAAUCCAGUCAUUUACACCAUCUUCAACCCGGAGUUUAGAAAAGCUUUCAAAAAGAUCCUUAAAGAGCUUUACAUGUAAACAAGAGAUAAGACAUUAAUAUCCUGUUAUAGUCCUUGUUUUUAUUACGAUUUUUCAGAACAACGCUGUAAAAAAAUAAGCACCUAAGUAGAUUAGAUGCUGUUGUUCUUCGAUAGUUUCAUUUGUGAAUAAUUAUCUUAAUAAACCAACCUUCUUUGAAACUAUUUGUGAAAUUAUACCAAUUUACAAUUUCUCAUCCUAGACACAUUUGAAAAUACCCAAGUUCUCUUUCUACCUUGGGUAAAAUUUAGAAUCGUUGUCAUAUUACGACCUUGGCUGAAGAAAGCUUAAAGCUAGACUUGAUGUAUACUUAAAACUCAGAAACUAAUUGUCUCUUGCAUAUUAGAUGCUUUCAUUGUUUAUGAAGACUAGUAACUUGUAUAAAAACGGGAAAAAAAUUGAAUUAGGCUGUUAACUGUAGUAGUCAUAUGUAUAAAUAUAAUAUGUGCACAACAACGUUAAUUUUACUGUCAUGUGUUUGAUGUUCUAGUGAAAUAACUUGUUAUUAACAGCAUUCACGAACUCUAAAAGUCUACUAUUUUUGCGCUUUUGCAUAAACCUCUUGUCUUAGAUAUUUGGAUAUCCGAAACGUUUAUUUCAAGGUAUUUGAAAUAAGGAAAAAAGAGGAAUUGUUUCAUAUUUUUUGUCGAUUUUAACAUUUCCGUUAGACUUAGAGGGCUAAACUUAACUUUGCAGAUGCAACCUUCUUUCAAUAAAUGAAACUUAAUCGAUUGAUCUUAGAUAAAAAACAACAUCACUUAAUAAACGCAUGCUCACUUUAAAAACAUUGUAAAAUCAUCUUUAAAUGUGAAAUCUGUCCACUAACACAAUAUCACCCAUUAAACUAGUUAUCUUCAUUCUUAAGGUGAAAGCUUGUUACUAUUAACUCUUUAUUUCAUUGUGAUUCUAGUCUACACACCAAACACGUAUCUGAGUGAUAGAAGUAGUAAUGAAAGAAUACCACAUCUUAUGUGGCAGUUAAUGAAAAAACACAUUAAAUAGACCAAACUGUCAGAAGUCUUGAUAUUGGAGAAACUAGUUUCAACACAUUUGUGUAUCCCUUCAAUCUCACGAUGUCUUCUGGCACGAAAAUUGGUCAACAACGUCUACGAGACCCCCAAAACUUCGAAUUCCCUAAGUAUACAAAAUAUCAGAAAGUUGUUUAGCUUAAAGUGACCUUAGAAGGUGUUCAAAUUAAGCCACUCUAAGCUAGACAACAUCGUAAUCUUCUUUGUCCUUAAGGAAACUUGAAGUUCUGGAGUCAAUAGGCGUUAUUGACCAAUAUUUCUCCCAGAAGACAACUUGAGACAGAAGGGACACACGAAUAUGUCGAAACUAGUUUCUCCAAUAUCAAGACUCCUGACAGUUUGUUCCACUUACUGUGUUUUUUCACUAACUGUGUAAUAGAAAAUUAAUAUACUGUACUUUGUCGAAAAGUUUGUUCAGUUCGAUCAACUCUUCUAAUCUACACGAUCGUCCAUAAAUAAUUCAACAUAUCUAGAGCGUCAAUUUAAUUAAUCAACAAUCAUAAAGUACUCUUCAAAAUCCACAAAGGAAAAUAUUGAAGUCCAAUUAUUGAUAAAUUAAAAAGCAUUUGAUGAACAUUAGGAUCACUUAUUUUCACUUGUAUUGCUUUUGAUAGUACUUAGAAAACAUUUUUAAAUAAAGUUCAACCUUAUAGCAAGCUUUGCCACAUUGCAGUACCUUACGGGAAAACUAUUUAAACUUCUACUAUUAUAUAAAUUAAGGAAUUAAUGCUUGAAUUGUAGAGACAUAUACAUAUUGUUAGGAUUGUGAAAGUGUUAUAAGUGUAUUUUCAUAGCCAGUAAUUGUUUAAAACCCAUUCUCUGUAAAGUUGUAUAUAACAUAGAAAAGUGUUAAAUUGAUUUUAUGUUUAUAUUAAUAUGACUUUCAUUCAUAAAAUUCUGAAAAGGUAAAUCAUGAAAAAAAAUUAUCACGCUUCUAUAAAAUGCCGUUAAUAAUAUCCUUCUGUUUAAAUGCAUAAUUAUAAAAGCGACACCCAGUUUCCAAGUUAUCUUGUGUUUAGGGGAGAAGGGGUGAUAGGGGAGACUUAUAUCUAUGAGCAUUUGUCAAGUUUAAUUCCACUUUCUAGCAGUAAACUUUCUUUGAACAAUCUUGUUAUUUCGAACUGUUUUAACACACUCUGCCUAUCUGUUUAUUUUAAGAUGACAAGAGUACUGUUUUGGGGGAAAAAAACGGUAAUUAACGGAAGAAGAUACGAGAUUGAAAUCACGAAUUCAGAAAAUUUGAUAUUAUAAAUAUAUUUUUAAGAAAUAUUGAAAGAGUUACUUUCUUAAGUUUGAUUAUUACUAUUGUUAAGAACAUAUCUUCCACUCAAAUUCUCGCAGUAUUUCGAGAAUCUUUCUAGCGAAACUUGUAACAUAUGUAACCAGUUAACUGGAAAUGUUGUUUUAAGAAUAUUUUGCGGGAAAAUAUUACACUUUUGUACACUCAAGCUGUAAUCACCUAGAUAAUUUUAUUUGACGAAGGCAUGACAUCUGUAAAGGUCGCUUCUUAAUCGAAAAUAAAUAUAGAAAGUAUUUUUUUUUCAGGAGCUGACUUAACUUGUUUAGAUUCUAGGUAAUAAUCUCAAAAAAAAGCUGUCGUUUUUCCUCUUCUUACUUAGACAUAUAUGUAUAAAACUCAGUAAGAA